GGGAACGACACAUAUAUAUCCUCUCACUGCACGAACGCAACACUCCGAGCACACAGUAGCGUCGAUGUCUGCGUUACAUAAAAUGCUUUAAGAUUUUCCUAGAAAAAGGCAUGCUUGAGAAUAUAUUAUCAGCCCAGAAACUACGAGGAGAAGAUAUCCCUCCGUGCUGAAUAUUCCUUUGAAAACCAGCCGUAACAAAAAAAGAGAAAUCAUUGCGUUGAAUAUUACGCUUGUAAUUAUCACUCAUCUAUUAACAUGUCAAAUCCCAGUUCUGGCAAAUCUGACUCCAGCUCACUCCAAACCUACGAUGACGUCAAGGAGUAUUAUGGAAAAUGUCUGAGUGAUACAAAGGAUUUGAAAACCAGUGCAUGUGCUGCUCCUACAAAGCCUCUGCCAAAACACCUAAGAGAUGCUUUGCAGGACAUUCAUGAAGACGUGUCAUCAAGGUAUUAUGGAUGUGGACUCUCCGCACCAGAAUACUUGGAGAACUGUAGCAUUUUGGACCUAGGUAGUGGAAGUGGGAGGGACUGCUACAUGUUGAGCAAGCUGGUUGGAGAGAAUGGACGUGUUACUGGAAUUGACAUGACGGAAGAGCAGGUGGAAGUGUCGAGCAGGUAUAUUGAUCAUCACACAAAGACGUUUGGUUACCAACAGCCCAAUGUCAAUUUUGUCCUUGGAUAUAUUGAGAAUCUUAAAUCCGCUGACUUACAGGAUGGAAGUUUUGAUAUCAUAAUAUCCAACUGUGUGAUAAACCUUUCACCUGAUAAGAGGGCUGUGCUGCGGGAAGCAUAUAGAGUGCUGAAGGACGGAGGAGAAAUGUACUUUAGCGAUAUGUAUAUUAACAAACCUCUUUCUCCGGAACUGAAGAAAAACAAAGUGCUGUGGGGAGAAGGUAUUGGAGGAGCGUUACUUUGGAAGGAUCUGUUCCAGAUCGCAGAGGAGAUUGGAUUCACCAUCCCACGACUAGUCACAGCCAGAUACAUCUCUGUCAACACCGAGCUAGAAAGUCUUGUUGGUGACUACAAGUGUGUUUCUGCCACUUUCCGUCUCUUCAAACUGCCACGGGACGCAGUGAAGGAAAAUAAUGUAGUCAUUUACAGAGGAGGAAUCACAGGGUGCGAGAAAGAAAUGCCGUUUGAUGCUAAUUUUACACUUAAGGAAGGUGAGCCAGUGGAGGUGGAUGAGGAGUUGAACGCUAUACUUAAGAAUUCAAGAUUUGAACAGAAGUUUUUGUUCCCUUCACAAGACGAGAGAUCUGCUCCUGGGAGCUGCCACAUUCCAAAGAAUAUCACCCAAGACCCGUUUGAACUUGCAGAAAAGUUGAGCAGAGAGAACGGGAAACCUGGUUCUGACUGCUGUUCUGGACCAAAGGCUUGUUCCUAAGGGGUCUAGAUGACCAUUGGAGUGACGUCAUCACAUUACCACAUAGACCACAGCCUGGCACUGCCGCUUUCAUUUCUAGAGGUGAACUUCCAAAUAUUCCAUCAUUUCAUGGGGCAGAGCACCAUUUUUGUGUAAAC